UUCCUUACUCUCUAAUAAUAGUAAAGACAGUGCCUGUGUAAUACUCACUUCCACCCCAGACUUAUACUAAGAGGAACAUGGCUGACGGGGACGUGCCGAGUGCUGAGGAUACUGUGGACACCUUGAAAUUGUCCGGAACAAGGAACAUGGCUGACGGGGACGUGCAGAGUGCUGACGACACAGUGGAUGCCAUAAAAAUAUUUGGAAUGAGGGUGGGUGCAAAGCCUGAAGGCAGAAGUGAGCCUCCUGAGGAAACGGACUCUGUCCCCCACAGCUCUAGUGACCCUUACAAGUACAAGAUGGACUAUCCCUGCCUCGGAACCUGUCUGAUUAUCAACAACAAGAACUUCCACAGAAGCACAGGGAUGAAUACUCGUAACGGGACGGAUUUAGAUGCUGCUGCUGCCAUGAAGACCUUCUCUGAGAUGGGUUAUAAGGUCCAGUUUGCCAACGAUCAAACCGUGAACGAGAUGAAACAACUGCUAUGUAACGCUUCCAAGGCAGACCACAGUCAGAAUGCAUCCUUUGCAUGCGUGUUGCUGAGUCACGGAGAUGAUGGGGUGAUAUACGGGAUUGACGGCUGUGAAAAGCUUGACGAACUGACAAAGUACUUUAAAGGAAACCGCUGUAGGGCUCUGGUCGGGAAACCCAAACUCUUCUUCAUACAGGCGUGCCGUGGGACAGGCCUGGAUGAAGGAACCUGCGUCGAGACGGACAGUGUGGAUGCCCAAUCAUCCUCAUCUGAGAGGAUUCCAGUGGAGGCCGAUUUCCUCUAUGCUUAUUCCACUGCUCCAGGCUACUACUCAUGGAGGAACCAAAACAACGGCUCCUGGUUCAUGCAGUCGCUGUGUGAGAUGCUGCAGAGAUUCAGCGGAGAGCUGGAGCUCAUGCAGAUCAUGACCCGGGUCAACCGCAAGGUGUCACUGCACUUUGAGUCCUCCUCCAAUUUGCCGGGGUUCAGCAGGAUGAAGCAGAUCCCCUGCAUCGUCUCAAUGCUGACCAAAGACUUCUACUUUCCUAAAAAGAUAGAGCUUUCUUAACUACAAUCAGAGUCUAAAAAACAGGUAUUACUUUUUUUUUUACCGAUUUCUACUCUACUCUUGGAUUUUGUAUUUUCUUUUCCAUUCCCUUUUCGAUUUCCAUUGUUUUAAACUCUACCAGAGCACAUACCUUGUUCGAUUUAUGACAUUAAAAUGACCGGACAUCUUUCCGCGCAUUGAUAUGACAGGACAUUCUGUAUUCCCUUGACCAGAGCGUCAUACUUAGCAACAGUCUGUUGUCCUUAGCAGCGGUUCUGUUAGCAAAAAUGAUCAACCUCUGGAAUGUUCAAAUUGACCAAUCAGAUUUAAGUAUUCAACUGAGCCGCGUAAUAAUGAGCCUUAACUUUUUUUAUAUGAUUUGUUUUUUAGUGUUCGGUUUUAGAAAACGUUUUUAAUUCCUGUGGUGCAGUAAAGGGUGUUGGGAUAAACUCUAAGGAUAAACUAUGAGUUUACAACAUACACUGUGUCUGCGUUUUAACAGUUUUUGAAUGCAAUAAAUACACAAGAACCAAUGGAUCAUCAUAAAAUAUCAGGCAAUGGCAUAAAAAAAAAAAAAACAGCAAGUAAACAGGAAUUAUUUUAUGGGGCAAAUACUUAAUUUUGCAUUUUUUCCAUCAACAAAACAAUAUCAUUUAAUAUAAUAUUAUUUAUAUGCUUUAAGAAAUAGAAUUUUCAGCGUCUACAAACCACCAUAUUUUAUGCAGAAAAACAAUAUGAUGAAACUAAGCAAAAAAAAAAACCCAAAAUAUUCCUGUAAGUCAAAAACAAUAACUUAAUAUAUAAAAGUAGUGACAGUUUUUCAAAAAUAACAACAAACAUGUUUUGAGAAAAUGACUCGAGAAGUCUCUCAAUAAUGACUUAAAGGAAUUAUUUCAUCACAUAGAAAUGGGCUUCCAUACACCGCAAACCAAAACUCCUGACAUGCCUGGCAAAAGUGGUUAAAAACACGCAACACUACAGUAAACUAAAAUAAACUCAGGAUUUACUAUUUCCACAAAGAUUUCUUUACAAAAUGUUUGACUAAAUGUGUGUCAAUGGAAAUUAGUUGAGUAGUUAAAUAACCAGAAGCGGCCUCCUUUUUAUAUUUUUUUAUAUUCUGACUUUCAAACAGUCAGUCCAUGUGUGGUCAGAGAUAAAAUGUAGUUUAUUUUUAACCCUCCUGUUGUCAUUGGGUCAAAUUGACCCUGCCUCUUUAUAUUUUUAUGUUGGAAAAAUGUGGUUAUUUCAUCUAAUUGCUACAAAAAUCACAUGACUUUUCUACGCUAAGAAAAAUGUAUUAUCACUAUUUGCAUUAAAUUACAUUUAUAUUUGAUCAAAAUAGACUCCUGGCUAAACUUUGACAUAUACCAGUGAUAUGUUUGACAUUAACUAUAGUCAAAAACAUUUUAAAACUCCAAAAAGUUAAUUUCAUUUGUUAAUUAGGAUUAUUUUCUAUAAUGUGAAGGCUUAAAAUGUGUAUCCAAGAUUUGGGUUAUGAUUUAUACACUUUAUACACAGGUUGCUGAGAACACAAAGGUUACAUUUAUAUUAAGCCAUUUGGUUUCUGCACCAGAAGGUGGCAGCAUAAUAAAAGUGGUGUCGCAAUAAAGCGUCAGUAAGACACUUCAAUAUUACACCAUCUUACAGUAACAAAGACUUUAGUCCAUGUUCUAAUUGAGGAAUGUCAAGGACCUGACAAUCUACAUUUCCUUUGUUCUUCAUUUUUGUGUACCUGGUUCUAAUCUGUUCAUCAAGUCUGAUAAAGGCAAUACUCCUAAUAUUAAGCCUGUUGUGUACUUUACCCCUGAAAACUGUAAAAAGAAAUAUGAAUGAUUAAAAGUUUAUUAGGA